CAUGCAGGCACGACCGGCUGCUGCCGCAGGUCAGGAAGGAGUUUGAUCUUCUGCGGCGGAGCCUCGAAGGCGGUACGACCCGUCCAUGUACACCCAUCUGGAGUCGUGGGACACGCCAUUGCCCCCGUCGGACGAGGAGUCGGAGAAGGAAGAACUUUCGACGUUGCCUCUCGCUAGCGGCUCGACUCAGUUGUGGUCGCAGACGGUACGAGCAGGCGGGUCGGCUCCCGACGAAGGGGGCGAGCUCACGUCAUUGCUGCAUCAAGGCUUGCGGGACGUCGACGGCGGAGGAGUUGAUCUGAGGUUCGGGUUGUGUUCUGGCGGCGGCAGGGAUGCGAGCCGUACGUUCAUCAUCGACGGAGAUCGUUCGGCACGUGGCGUUGAGCAUGGUGGAAGUCUGCAUACGGAGCAGUCCACACUUCGUCGCGUUGCACCCGUGACUGGCGCGGUCGGGCCAUCGCCAGCAGGACGACAGCAUGGAUCGACUGCUCUGUCCGUGGAUCAAUUGACACCGACCUGGCCCGCACCCCCCGGGGUGGCAGCAGGGCCCCUGCGCAUGGGCGGUGCACGUUCGCUGAUGCCUGCGUGCACAACACCGAUCGAAUCCGGAGUGAGGGACGAGGGAACGUGCAGAGCGCCGGUACAUCCACGACCAACUGUGGAGAACAUAACACGUGGAGUGUCGAACAUGCGGGCACACAGCGAUGGAGGCAAAGACGACGUUGGAUUCGGUGACGACGCAGACGAAGGGAUGAGGGAAGACGUGGAAGCGGGGGACGACGACGACGACGUUCCAAUUCGGCCUUUGGGGAAGACGGCUGGGAGGGGGAGAGGACGCGACAGAGGUGGUGUCCGUGGUCGAUCCGUUGGCCAUGGAGGCCGAGGUGGCGUAAGUGACGACGCCGGGAAGUCUCCGACGUACUGGUCUGCAGAAGACCAAAUGCUCCUGGUGCGAUGCAAGCGGGAGCAAGAUAUGCACCUCGCCGGCUUGUCUCACAAUUACGGGCGGAUGAAGACGAAAGAGUGGAAGUGGGAGGACAUGUCGAAGCGGAUGGCGAAUGCGGGGAGGCCGAAGGACGCUGACGACUGCAUGAAGAAGUGGGACAAUCUGCUGAUGAACGAAGAGAGGAAGGAGCACAACUUCAAGUUCCGGAUGGACAUGGCGCUGUACAACGAGAUCCACGCAGGCAUGGUGGGGAACCACACGAUUUUCCCUCCCAACGUUGCCGACACCGGCAGUCCGGAUGGGGUGCAGCUGCCCAGGCGAGGAGCGGGUGGCGGGGAGUCUGUUUGUAGUGAGGCGGCCGGUGAAGGCUGCCCUGACGAGCGUUCUUCUGCGAGGGAGUCCGACAGCAACGUAGGCAGCGGGGCGGGAGGCGGGAAGUGGAAGAACGCGCGUCAGCAGGCAUUCGAGUCCAUCUCUGAUGUCAUGGAAUGCCAUGGCGCACUGAUAUCGUCGAUGAUCGAAUCGUCUAGCAAGCGGCAAUGCAGCAUCUUCACGAAGCAAUGCGACAUAUUGGAGCAGGAAGUUGCCGUCUAAAAAGCGCACUAUGCGGCGUCCGAUGAGACGCAGAGGAUGAUGUGCCAAACACU